ACCCCGGGAAUACGAAAGAGCUUGCAGGGAAGAUUUUUUUCUCCCGGGAAAACUAAAGAGCUUGCAGGGAAGAAGGCAAAUCGCCGACAAAGCGAGUCGGAGGAAGGCAAUCUUUACCGUCAAUUAUUGCCCAUUCCGAAAUUCCAGGGUUUAUCAUUCUUCGUAAAGGAAAAGCAGGGCUGCAGAGGUGAGGGUUUAGCGGAGAUUGACAGGUCAAAAGAGACACAAAAAAGAUGUUGACGCAGCUGCCGCGCCUAACUAAUUCCCUAAGAGAUCACUUCGAUGUCGAUCGUGCGUAUCUGCAGCGCAAGGAGAUCCUACGGAACAUCAAAUCAAGAAGGUUGCGCGAUGAUUUAGAACUUGCUCGAAGGCUGGUUCACGGGUGGGACGAUGUUUCAAGUGAUGUUCGACUAGCUUAUAAGCAGUUUCUUGGUUCUGUGCGGGAAUUGAUGGAUGGAGAAUUUUCUUCAGAUGAGUUUGAAGAGGUUGCAAUGUUCAUAUAUGGUUUAUUUAAUGUUCCUGACAUUGACAUCAAGAGGAGAAUCUUUGAAAAGAACAGGGGAGAAUUGCAAAAGCUUGUUGGAUACUCUGUGCAGGAUUCAAGUCUUCAGAAAGUAGCUGAAUCGGCUCAUAGGCUUUACAUGUUGCAAGGUGAUGAUCCUGAGAUUGCAUCUACCUGGACAGGUAUUGCUGAUAGACAUUGUGAAGCCAUAGAGUUUGGCUCUAAUAUUGCAUUCAAGGUCCCUGCUCGCUUCCUCGUGGACGCGCCGUUGGAAAAUGGUGCAACUUCGGUGGUUGAUAGUUUUGUGAGUGUGAUCCCUCAUGAGGGGCAACACUUGAUGAAUGGACAGUAUGCUUUGAAUGCUGAGAGGGAAGUUGUGAGUUUGAGAUGGCUGAAAGAUGCUUGUGAAGGGAUUGUUAAACAAGGAAGCUCGCCACUUUCUGGAGAUGACCUGGCAUUGGCUUUAUGCCGACUUCUUUUAUCCAACAAAGCAGGCGAUGAGAUUGCUGGUGAUCUGUUGGACCUCGUUGGUGAUGGUGCUUUUGAAGUAGUACAGUAUCUUCUAUUGCACCGGAAGGAGCUAGUGGAUACCAUCCAAUAUGGGCUGUUUAUACUCAAGUCUGAGAAAAUGGCUUCGAAUGGCCAAGCAAGGAUGCCUAGUUACGGCACUCAAGUCACCGUGCAGACAGAAUCUGAGCGCCAGAUGGAUAAACUAAGGCGAAAAGAGGAGAAACGACACAAACGAGGGAUGGAUCAAGAAGGCAUGCAGGAUAUUCCUGCGGACAGUUUUGCAUCUCUGUUAAUUGCUAGUGAAAAGAAGCAGCCAUUUGAUGAUUUGAUAGGGACUGGUCAAGGCCCCAAUUCAUUUUCUGUGUCCGCUCUUCCACAAGGUACAACGAGGUUUCAUGGAAGUAAUUAUGAAGAAGUUAGGAUUCCACCAACAGCAACAGCACCAAUAAGGCCUGAUGAGAAGCUGAUUGAGAUAAGUGAGCUAGAUGAUUUUGCUCAAGCAGCUUUUCGUGGUUACAAGUCCCUUAAUCGCAUACAGAGUCGCAUAUUCCACACAACUUAUUACUCGAAUGAGAAUAUUCUAGUUUGUGCCCCCACUGGUGCAGGGAAGACUAAUAUUGCAAUGAUUUCUGUUCUUCAUGAGAUCAAGCAGCAUUUCAGGGAUGGCAUUUUGCGCAAGGAAUUUAAGAUUGUGUAUGUGGCUCCAAUGAAGGCCUUGGCAGCAGAGGUGACGUCCACUUUCAGUCAACGGUUGUCACCCUUAAAUCUAGUUGUGAAAGAACUUACAGGCGACAUGCAGCUUUCUAGGAAUGAGCUCGAACAAACUCAGAUGAUAGUGACAACACCUGAGAAGUGGGAUGUGAUUACUCGAAAAAGUAGCGACAUGUCGAUGUCAAUGUUAGUGAAGCUUUUAAUCAUCGAUGAGGUGCACCUUCUGAAUGAUGAUAGAGGCUCUGUCAUAGAAGCUUUGGUUGCUCGCACGCUUCGACAGGUUGAGUCAACUCAGUCGAUGAUAAGGAUUGUUGGGUUAUCUGCAACAUUGCCUAAUUAUUUAGAGGUUGCCCAGUUUUUAAGGGUCAAUGCAGAAACUGGAUUGUUCUUUUUUGAUUCUAGUUAUCGACCGGUUCCUCUAGCCCAGCAGUACAUUGGCAUUAGUGAAAAAGACUUUGCUAAAAGAAAUGAACUGUUCAAUAAGAUAUGCUAUGCUAAGGUUGUAGAAUCAGUGAAACAAGGACAUCAAGCAAUGGUUUUUGUUCACUCACGCAAAGACACUGGGAAAGUCGCGAGAAUGCUGCUUGAGUCUGCCCAAUUUGCUGGACAGUUGGAGUUCUUUAGCAAUGAAGAUGAUCCUCAAUUUUCUUUGGUCAAGAAAGAAGUCGGAAAAUCGAGAAAUCGUGAACUUGUUCAGUUGUUUGACUUUGGAUUUGGCAUCCAUCAUGCUGGUAUGCUACGUGCUGAUAGAGGCUUGACGGAGAGACUUUUUUCAGCCGGACAUUUGAAAGUUCUUGUAUGUACUGCAACUUUGGCGUGGGGAGUAAAUCUUCCAGCUCACACUGUGGUUAUCAAGGGGACUCAAUUAUAUGAUCCGAAGGUUGGUGGCUGGCGAGACCUUGGAAUGCUUGAUGUUAUGCAGAUAUUUGGACGUGCUGGUCGUCCACAGUUUGAUAAAAGCGGGGAAGGCAUAAUAAUUACAUCUCAUGACAAACUAGCCUAUUACCUAAGACUAUUGACCAGCCAGCUGCCUAUAGAAAGCCAGUUUAUUAGCUCCUUGAAGGACAACCUGAAUGCAGAAGUUGCCCUGGGAACAGUAACCAAUGUCAAAGAAGCUUCUGCAUGGCUUGGAUAUACAUAUUUAUUCAUAAGGAUGAAAACAAAUCCAUUGGCAUAUGGAGUUGCAUGGGAUGAGGUCAUUGCUGAUCCCUCCUUGUCAUCCAAACAAAGGUCCUUAAUAAUAGAUGCUGCACGUUCUCUUGACAAGGCAAAGAUGAUGCGAUUUGAUGAGAAAAGCGGUAAUUUUUACUGCACAGAGCUAGGUCGUAUAGCUAGUCAUUUUUACCUUCAGUACUCAAGUGUUGAAACUUACAAUGAAAUGCUAAGACGCCACAUGAGCGAGAGUGAACUUAUCAAUAUGGUUGCUCAUUCUUCUGAAUUUGAAAAUAUCGUCGUUAGAGAAGAGGAACAGGAGGAACUUGAGAAAUUGUCUAAAGUAUUUUGUCCUUUAGCAGUUAAAGGUGGACCAAGUGAUAAACAUGGGAAAAUUUCAAUUCUUAUUCAGGUGCAUAUAUCACGGGGCUCAAUGGAUAGUUUUUCUUUGAUAUCUGAUGCAGCAUAUAUCAGUGCCAGUUUAGGUCGCAUUAUGCGAGCUUUAUUUGAAAUAUGCUUACGCCGAGGCUGGUGUGAGAUGUCCUUUUUAAUUUUGGACUAUUGCAAGGCCGUGGAUCGUCAAAUUUGGCCUCAACAGCAUCCAUUGAGACAAUUUGAUAAGGAUGUUCCAUCAGAAGUACUAAAAAAACUUGAAGAAAAGGGAGCUGAUUUAGACCAUCUGCUUGAGAUGGAAGAAAAAGACAUUGGUGUCCUAAUUCGUUAUGUUCCUGGAGGGAAGGUGGUCAAGCAAUAUCUCAGUUAUUUCCCAAAUAUCAUAUUAUCUGCAAAUGUUAGUCCAAUUACGAGAACUGUUCUCAAGGUAGAUGUGCUUAUAACUCCAAACUUUGUUUGGAAGGAUCGUUUUCAUGGUGCCUCUGAACGUUGGUGGUUUUCUGUUGAGGAUUCUGAAAAUGAUCAUAUCUAUCAUUCGGAGCUCUUCACAUUAACUAAGAAGAUGGCAAUGGGAGAAUAUCAGAAGAUCUCUUUCACUGUACCAAUAUUUGAGCCACAUCCACCACAAUACUACAUACGUGCAGUUUCGGAUUCAUGGUUACACGCAGAAUCAAUUUAUACUGUAUCUUUCAAUAAUCUGACAUUGCCAGAGACACAAACAUCACAUACGGAGCUUCUAGACUUGAAACCCCUUCCUGUGAGCUGUCUUGGAAAUCAAACUUAUGACAACCUAUACAAAUUUUCACAUUUCAAUCCAAUCCAAACUCAGAUAUUUCAUGUCCUUUACCACACAGAGAGCAAUGUCCUCCUAGGAGCACCAACAGGAAGUGGAAAAACAAUAUCUGCUGAGCUGGCAAUGCUGCAACUUUUCAAUACUCAACCUGAUAUGAAGGUAGUUUACAUUGCACCACUUAAAGCUUUAGUUCGUGAAAGAAUGAUUGAUUGGAGAAAGCGGCUAGUUUCUCAGCUUGGGAAAAAGAUGGUUGAGAUGACUGGGGAUUUUACUCCAGAUAUUAUGGCACUAUUAUCAGCUGAUAUCAUCAUUUCUACUCCUGAAAAGUGGGAUGGAAUUAGUAGGAGUUGGCACAGUCGAGCUUAUGUGAUGAAGGUGGGACUUAUGAUAUUGGAUGAGAUUCAUUUGAUCGGGACUGACCGUGGGCCUAUUCUUGAGGUCAUUGUUUCAAGGAUGCGGUAUAUAUCAUCUCAAACAGCACGUUCCAUUCGUUUCAUUGGUCUCUCAACUGCUCUUGCUAAUGCACGUGAUUUGGCUGAUUGGUUGGGUGUUGGAGAGGUUGGUCUUUUCAAUUUCAAGCCUAGUGUCAGACCUGUACCCCUUGAAGUACAUAUUCAGGGCUAUCCGGGGAAGUUCUACUGCCCAAGAAUGAAUAGCAUGAAUAAACCUGCAUAUGCUGCCAUUUGUACCCAUUCCCCCUUAAAACCUGUUCUUAUUUUUGUUUCUUCUCGGCGUCAGACUAGGCUUACAGCAUUAGAUCUCAUUCAGCUUGCAGCUGCAGAUGAUAAUCCAAGACAGUUUUUGAAUAUGCCAGAAGACGAAGUAGAAAUGGUCCUUUCACAAGUUACUGACAAUAAUUUGAGACAUACUUUGCAGUUUGGAAUUGGGCUUCACCAUGCAGGUUUAAAUGACAAGGAUAGAUCUUUAGUAGAGGAACUAUUUGCAAACAACAGGAUCCAGAUCUUAGUAUGUACUAGCACGCUGGCUUGGGGAGUAAACCUUCCAGCUCAUCUUGUUAUUAUUAAGGGGACUGAAUAUUAUGACGGAAAAACGAAGAGAUAUGUUGAUUUCCCGAUAACCGAUAUUUUGCAAAUGAUGGGUCGUGCAGGUCGGCCUCAGUUUGACCAGCAUGGGAAGGCUGUCAUUCUUGUUCACGAACCAAAAAAGAGCUUUUACAAGAAGUUUCUUUAUGAGCCAUUCCCAGUUGAAAGUAAUCUGAGAGAACAUCUACAUGAUCACAUAAUUGCAGAAAUUGUUACCGGCACAAUUAGGCAUAAAGAGGAUGCCGUUAAUUAUCUAACAUGGACCUUUCUUUUUCGUCGGUUGGUUCUGAAUCCAUCUUACUAUGAAUUAGAGGAUACGGAGAGCAAGACCAUAAACACUUAUCUGUCGAGGCUGGUGCAAAAUACAUUAGAAGAUCUGGAAGACAGUGGUUGCAUCAAGGUGAAUGAAAAUAGUGUGGCGCCAAUGAUGCUGGGUUCAAUAGCAUCUCAGUAUUAUAUCAGUUACAUGACUGUAUCAAUGUUCGGUUCAAAUAUUGGACCAAAUACUUCAUUGGAGGUUUUUCUUCAUAUCCUUUCUGGUGCGGCUGAAUAUGAUGAGCUUCCUGUGAGGCAUAACGAGGAAAAGCUGAAUGAAGCAUUAUCUACAAGGGUUCCGUAUUUGGUUGACGAGCAGCGUCUUGAUGACCCACAUGUUAAAGCAAAUUUGCUGUUUCAGGCACAUUUUUCUCGUUUAGAAAUGCCAAUCAGUGACUAUGUAACUGAUUUAAAAUCAGUUCUUGAUCAAAGCAUACGCAUCAUACAGGCAAUGAUUGACAUAUCAGCAAAUAACGGAUGGCUGACCAGCACAAUGAAUUGCAUGCAUCUACUGCAAAUGGUCAUGCAGGGUUUAUGGUAUGGGAGUGAUUCAUCUCUGUGGAUGCUGCCAAGUAUGACCGAGGAUGUUCUAAGCCGCCUCAACAAACAUGACAUCUUUUCUAUGCAAGAGCUAGUUGAGCUUCCAAAUUCUAAGCUUGAGAUGCUUUUAGAAAAAAAUUGUGCUUCAAAACUAUAUCAGGAACUUCUAAAUUUUCCCCGUGUUAAGGUAAAAGUAAACCUUCAAAAGAAUGAUGAACAAGGUUCAGCUUCUCGAGCUCUGGAUAUCAGAUUAGAAAAGAGAAAUCAUAAACAUACAUCAUCAAGAGCAUUUGUUCCCCGAUUCCCAAAGGUGAAAGAUGAGGCCUGGUGGUUGGUUCUGGGAAAUGUUACCACUUCAGAACUCUAUGCCUUGAAAAGAGUUAGUUUUUCUGAUCGGAUGCUCACUCGCAUGGAGUUACCAUCAACACCACUCAAUUUUCAGGAAACGAAGCUUCUGUUGGUUUCUGAUUGUUAUCUUGGACUCGAGCAACAAUACUCUAUUGAAGCAUCUCAUUAAGGCUUGACUGAUUAACCUUCAAGACGAUGUGCUAUCACAGGUCAUAUUUAAAUUGGUAAAUAUUAGUAAGAUUUAUGAUGUGGAAUUUUUAUAAUUGUGUUAUUAAAGAAAAUAUUUAUCAUUUAUAUUUAUUUAAUAUGCAAUUAUAAUAUCAAAUUUUUUUAAAAAUAUAUAUAUUAGUAUGAUCAAAAGUUGGGCUAA